AUUGUUUAUUGUUUUCAACAUAAAUCCAAUAAACAUAGCUCAUAGGAAGUUUUGAAAUUUGUCAGUUUUAAAAAUGAAUCUCUUUCCAACACUGAAUACUAACAAUUUAUGAAAAUUAAAACUCAGUGGGACUGAAUGCUAUUUGAAAUUGUUUACUUUUACUGUUUGUACAGAUUGUAUAGCUAUGGAUAAUUAUAAAGUAAUAAAUAAGGAACUAAUAGAUCAAAUUCGAGAGAUGAGAAAUGAAAUAGCUAUUUAUAAGCAAGAAAUUGUGGAACAUAAAGCGGAAAUAAUGGAACAGCAUCGUUUGCGUAUCGAACAAAAAAAAGCGUUUAUCGCAUUAAUAACACAAAGUUUCAGAACAGUUUUAAAUGAUAUAGAUCCAGAGCUGAACAUACAAAACUUAUUAAGUAACACAGUCAACAAUAGUGAAGAAAAUAAUCUUGAUAGUAAGAAUAUAAAUCAAAGAUCGCGAAACAGUCGUAGCUCUAAAGUAUUUAUUGAUUUUCGACGACGCUCUUCAAAUUUACAGCAAAGACCAAGCAGUGUAAAAAUGUCACCUACUUGCAAACGUUCGGUUGAAUCAGUUGUAGAACAGAAUGAAACAUCAUUAGAAUCAGACGACAUACAAUCGAUAAGUGACAGUAGUGUUUAUAUAUCUAAAGAAAACGAUUUGGAAGAGAAUGAAGAAUCAUUAGAGCAGACAGCACAAAGUUUACGAUUGAAUAAAAUUGUUGAAGAGGAUACACUUGAAGAAGUUACGCUUAAAACAGUUGUUCCAGUGCAUGAAAAACAGGUGAUAUAUACAGCUAAAAAGCAAGGCCUACGAGAUAUUACAAAUGUGGACAAGUCAACAGCAAGCCCUUUGGAAAUUAACCACCGUGGUAAAAAUCACACUAGCUACGAAGAGAGUAUUGAGGCAGCACGCUUUGCGAACGAAAUAGAAAGAAUUUCUAUUGAUAAUAAUACAAUUAAUACUAUCAACUUUGCCAUAAGUGAUCUGUCAAUAGAAACUUUUUUCCAAGCUCCGUGUAGCACGCCUACACUUACUGUGAAAGAGAAAAACUUCUACAAUCUUCGUGACAAGACUGUAAUUAUACCUGAAAAUAAUAACAGUUUGAAGGAAAAUCAAGGCUCUAAUGACACCUUAACAUCAUCAACAUCCUCAAAUAGUAAUUCUAGACCACAACGCAAUCGUACAAAAAAAAAUUAUAAAGAACUUAGACUGAACGUGAAAAUGCGUUCAGAUAGUACGGAAACUAAAGCACAGAAAAAAAAAUCUGGCAAAAAUAAAAAAUAAUAUUUUAAAGUUAUUAUAUUUUAGUUUUUAUAUUUUAA